CCAUUUCUUUUCUAAAUGAAUCCCAUUCACAAGAAAGUCCCUGUUUUAAUUCACAAUGGUAAACUAAUUUGUGAGUCUCUCAUAGCCCUUCAAUAUAUUAAUGAGGUUUGGCAUGAUAAGAGCCCAUUGUUGCCAUCUGACCCUUACAAGAGAGCUCAAGCUAGAUUCUGGGCUGAUCUUGUUGACCAAAAGGUCCAUACUUUAGGAAGAAAAACCUGGGCCGCUAAAGGGGAAGAACUGGAGGCAGCCAAGAAGGAAUUCAUAGAGGCUCUCAAGGUACUAGAAGGGGAACUUGGAGAUAAGCCUUACUUUGGUGGUGAAGAGUUUGGAUAUGUAGAUGUGGCUUUGAUUCCUUUCUACAGUUGGUUCCAUGCCUAUGAGACUUGUGGAAACUUCAAAAUUGGGGCACAAUGCCCAAAGUUUGUGGCUUGGGCUAAAAGGUGCAUGCAGAGGGAGAGCGUGUCCAAGUCCCUUGCUGAUCCUGAAAAGGUUUAUGACUUUGUACUGAUACUGAAGAAGUAUUGUGGGGUUGAAUAA